AUCCACUUUCUCUUCAAUAACAUUCGUCACCUGGGCUCUUGGAUUUGAUAGAAGCACCGUGAGGUGCACAGUGAGGGUAUCAAAAUCCAUCAACUCGUCGCAGAGCUCUCCCUUCUCUCUUCGUGAACAGAGGUGAGCGCUUGUUCUCUUCUAUGCUCAACCGUUUGGCUGCCGAGAAACGAUCUCCUCUGGGUCAGUUUUUCUACAACUUUUGGCAUUUGGACUAGGGAUAGCAGAAGCUGGAAAUGGUUAAAAGGUAUGGAGUGUUUUGAUUUGCAGAAAAUAUCAUGUUGCAGUGCAUAGAGGGGUUUAAGCGUUUAGGUGCUUCCAUAGUUCGGUGUUGUGAUCUUGAUUUAUAUAAACAAUCACGAGGCCUCGAAGAUCCAGAACUUCUUGCAAGGGAGACAGUGUUCAGUGUAAGUGAAAUAGAGGCACUUUAUGAGCUCUUUAAGAAGAUCAGCAGCGCCGUGAUUGAUGAUGGGCUGAUUAACAAGGAGGAGUUUCAAUUGGCGUUAUUCAAAACAAACAAGAAAGAGAGCUUGUUUGCCGAUAGAGUGUUUGACUUGUUUGAUACAAAGCACAAUGGAAUACUAGGUUUUGAAGAGUUUGCUCGUGCUCUCUCCGUUUUCCAUCCAAAUGCCCCUAUUGAUGACAAGAUUGAGUUUUCUUUUCAGCUAUACGAUCUCAAGCAGCAAGGUUUCAUUGAGAGACAGGAGGUGAAGCAAAUGGUAGUGGCUACACUUGCUGAAUCUGGGAUGAAUCUUUCGGAUGAUGUUAUAGAAAGUAUUAUUGACAAGACCUUUGAGGAAGCUGAUACAAAACAUGACGGAAAGAUUGACAAGGAAGAGUGGAGAAGCCUUGUUUUGCGGCAUCCAUCCCUUCUGAAGAACAUGACCCUUCAAUACCUGAAGGACAUCACCACAACAUUCCCAAGCUUUGUGUUCCAUUCACAAGUGGAUGAUACCUAAAUUCAUGAUUUGCACAGAGACCAGUAAGACUUUGUUAAUCAUGGUUGGUUUGUUUGUAGACACUAUGGCCCUCCCGGAGAGAGUUUUUAUAUCAUUAUGGUUUUCGUUGUUUCUUUGGGGAGUUUUGGUUGUGUGUAUUCAAUGACAGGAUUUUCACUUCCUUGGCAUUAUAAUGUGGGCUUCUAUCUUGCGACUU